UCGCACGCGGCGCUGCUGAUCGCCAAGGGAGUAUUCCUUGCGGCGCGCCGAUUCAGUUCGUGACACGUCGUUGCUGCGACGGUUGGCGGAGGACGAGAGCGUCGUAGCUUGUCGUUCCGGCUUGUCGUUUGGCAGAAUUUUUUCUUUUUCUUUUUUUAUUUCGAAUCAAGCACGACGGUUUCGUCGCGUUCGUAAAGGGGAAAAUAGAAAAAAAGGGAGAAGAAGAGGAAUAUCGAUAUACAAGAGGAAAAGAGAGAAAGGAAGAGAAUCCUUCUACCUUUAAUACACCACCACCUAUGCGCGGCGGAGUCUAUCGUCCCACGGAUAUACUGGAAUAAAGUGUGUCAACGGCAAAGUGUGUACAAAAAUUAUAAGUGAGAUAUCGGAUCUUUUUGCGCACCGGAGGGAGAGGAGAGGGAGAUAGUGUGUCCCGCGCGAGUGCAAAAAAAAAAAAAGUGGUGAGACAGAGUUAAAGAGAAACAACCCCUGAUUCCCGAGAGUGCGUCGCGCUUCCGCGACGGCCCGCGUACAGGGAAGCCACCACCGGAAGACCUCGGCACGAUACCGCGGCGGCGAUACGCGGCUAUGCAGCAGCGGCCCGGCGGCGCCGCCGCGAGCAGCAGGUAACGUCGACGGCGACGACGACGACGACGACAAGCGCCGGGCGGCGCGUGAAACAUCACCGUGGGAUAAGCGACGCGUCAACAUGUGGACCACGAUGCUCGUGUGGACGGCCGCCGUCGUUCUCAUGCCGACGCCCCGAGCGGUGAACGCCUCGGGGAUGUUCGAGCUGAGGCUAAAGUCCUUUGUGAACGAGUACGGCAAGGACAGCCUGGGCAAGUGCUGUUCCGGCAGCGCGUCCAGGACGGGCGAAUGCUCCGGGGUAUGCAAGACGAGGUUUCGGGUCUGCUUGAAGCAGUACCAGGUGAAGAUCGACACGACGUCGCCGUGCACGUACGGCGACGUCGUGACGCCCGUUCUCGGCGAGAACGUGGUUAACCUCACCGCGAACGCGGCCCUGCCGAGCUUCAGCAACCCCAUCAGGUUCCCGUUCGAGUUCACGUGGCCGGGUACAUUCUCGCUGAUAGUGGAGGCUUAUCACGACGCGGACAACAGCACGCACCAGUCGGCCGAGAAAGUGCUGAUCACGCGGCUGACCACCCAGAAAUGGCUUGACGUCGGGCCGGAGUGGACCGUGGACGAGCACAAAAGUGCCCACUCACAGAUGGAAUACGAGUACAGGGUGACGUGCACGGCGCACUAUUACGGCAAGGGCUGCGAGAAUCUGUGCCGACCUAGGGACGACAACUUCGGCCACUACAGUUGCAGUCCGAGCGGAGAGCGCGUCUGUGUGUCCGGUUGGAAGGGCGACUACUGCAACGAAGCCCGCUGCCUGCCCGGAUGCGACGAACAGCACGGACAUUGCAGUCGACCCAACGAAUGCACAUGCCACAACGGCUGGAAGGGUCCGCGGUGCAAUCAGUGCGUCCGAUACCCGGGUUGCCUUCACGGUAGCUGCCAAAAACCCUGGGAGUGCGCGUGCGACGAGGGUUGGGGCGGAUUGUUCUGCAACCAGGACCUCAACUAUUGCACGAAUCAUAAGCCGUGCAUGAACGGCGGCACCUGCUUCAACACCGGCCAGGGCCUGUACACCUGCUCGUGCCCGUCAGGUUUCACCGGCACCGAGUGCCAGACGCCGCUCUUCGAUUGUAACUCGAAGCCCUGCCUGAACGGCGGUACCUGCUCGAUGCUGGAGUCGUCCGGCUACGUCAACGGGAGCGAAUCGUCAUCGUCGAAACAACAUCAUCGUAACUACCGUUGCACCUGUCCGCCCGGUUGGCGCGGUCGACACUGCGAAACGACGACAAAAUCCUGCCGGGACUCGCCCUGUCGGCACGGUGCCACCUGCGAGGACGACUCUGUACGCGGCUACGUGUGCCAUUGCCCGCCCGGUUACAACGGCGCCGACUGCGAAUCGGAGGUGGACGACUGCAAGCCGAAUCCCUGCGCGAACAACGGCACCUGCACGGAUUACAUCGAAGGUUAUCGGUGUACCUGCCCGAUCGGCUUCGACGGCCAGCGCUGCGAGAACAACGUGGACGACUGUCAAGGCGAUCCCUGUCUGAACGGUGGAACCUGCAUGGAUCAAGUCAACAGCUUCCGCUGCCAGUGCGUGCCGGGUUACGUCGGCCGGCUCUGCCAGGAUAAGGUGGACUACUGCCUGGCGAAACCGUGCGCGAACGGUGGCAGAUGUAUCUCCGGGAUCAACGAUUAUCGGUGCAUGUGCAAGCCCGGUUUCACUGGCAAGGACUGCAGCGUGGACGUGGACGAGUGUCGGAGCGCGCCGUGUCGAAACGGCGGCACGUGCCGGAAUCGCGUCAACGGUUUCCUAUGCGAAUGCUCGAACGGCUGGCACGGCGAGACCUGCGGCGAGGAAGCCGGCGCCGCACCGGCGGCUCUACCAUCGGCGUCUACGAUCUCGAAAGCGCCACCGGAAGAACCGUCCUCGAGACACUGGCCCGGUAAUUUAUCCAAACACGUUGCCUCCAGAGAGGUCGGCCUGUCUACGGAACACGUGGUGAUAAUCGCGACCGUCUCCACGGUGGUGCCGGCCUUCGUGCUGUUCGCUGCGGUCACGGUGAUGUGCAUGAAGAGACGACAGAAGCGAGAACAGGCAAAGGCCGACGAAGAGGCCAGACUGCAAAACGAGAGAAACGCUGUACACAGCAGUAUGAGCAAACGUAGCGCCAGCACCAUCGGCGUCGGUGGAGGCGGUGGUCUCGGAAGCGGCAGCGGUCUCGGCAGCGUUGGAGGUCUUCUCGGCGGAGCCGGAAGCGGUCUGAUGGGUACGGGCAGCGCUAGUGUCUGCGCCCUAGGGACAGGCGACGCGCACAUGAUCAAAAACACCUGGACGGCGAGCAAGAGCGUGAACAACGUUGCGUCAGCGGCGCGACAGGACGACCUGGACUCGUCGUUUCAGACCGACGUGACGCACGAUAGCUCGUGCUCGGGUUACAAACCGGAACCGGUGCUGCAGGACGGCCGAACGACGAGGACGACGAAGCAGCUGAACACCGAGGCGGCUGCCCAUCGGGCGUCGGCCCAUCUCUACCAGAAGGAGAAGGACUGUCUCGGCCUGGGCCUCGGCAUCGGGGUCCUAGAAAGCGCCAAGAGAUCGUCCGUAUUCGUCGGCACCGCGACAGACAACUGUUGCAGCACCGCGGAAGCCGCGCUCAUGAAGAGGCCGACGACGAUAUCGGAAACCAUCACCGUCGUCGCUGGUGGUACCGGUCCACCGGGAAGCGGCGGAGGUGGCGGUGGUAGUAGUGGUGUCACGGACAAUAGCAGUUGCGGAGUGUACGUGAUAGACGAUCAUUACAGGCACGACGCCGCGCUGGCGGCGACGCUCGCGACAGAGGUGUAGUAGUGUCCUCCGGACGUAUAUAGUAGACUCCAUUUAGAGCGAUAGACGAGGAAGAAAGUGGAAGAGUGAGUGCGAGAUGGAUUUAUAGAGCCAGUGCGUGCGAAUUGACCGGACCAUCCUGUUCGAUUUCCCGUUCGAUUCUUUCGGACGGCGCCGUCGCGACGCCUUCGUCUCGCGGAUGCCAGUGAACGUUUGUUUUUCUUUCUUUUUUUCUUCUUUUCAUUUUUUAUCACAAUUCUCCUCUGCGAGCGAAAAGUACGUUGUGCAUCCGUGAUCAGCGCCGCCGGUGACGAGAGUAGGGUGUUUCGUCCCGUUACUGCGCCGGGACAAAAAGGACGAUAGACUGGCGACAAAGACAUUCGACCGAGAGGAAGAGAGAGAGAGAGAUAUGAAGAGGAAUUAACGCGAUGCUGUGGGGGUCGGCUGGUUCCCUCGAUGGCCGCCGACCCGAUUUCUUAGGUAUUAAUAUUAUAUCGUGCUCGAACGCGAAACUCUGUACAGAACUAAUUUAUUAUUAUUGUUAUUUACUUAUAUUGUAUUAUCGCGAUUGCUAUUAAUUAAUAUUAUUAUUAUUAAUAUUAUUUCAACUCGCGCGCGUAUCGCAUUGUCAUUGUUCCCGAUAUUAGUUUUUCUUUUCUUUUUCUUUUUUUUUUUUUCAAAAUUGCGUGACCGAGCUGCUCUCUCAGCUGCCGAUCAGAGCGAGAUUGAGUGAGAUGAGAAAAAAAGUGUAUGUGUCUGUGUGCGAAAGAGAGAGCAUGUGCAUUUGUGUUGUUCGCGUGUAUACGUAGUUGCGAACGAGAGAGUUCAACUGAUCAGCAUCUUCGAACAAUGUCGUUUCUUCGAGAUUAAUGUUUUGCGUCAAUGUUUCCCUUAUUUUUUUUCUUUUUUUCCUUACAUACUAUCUAUAUAUACUUAUAUAGUUGCAUUCCUUUUUCUCGUAUAGAGGACCGUGGUUCGGCGCGAAUUAAAAUAAGUUUCCGGAUUUUAGGACAGGGACGACGAGGUCGACGAUGUCGACGAAAAAUUGGCGAGAAAAGACAAAUCACGUGGAACAGGAAACGUUCGCUCGACUCUUUGGGUUUCUCGGUUUCGACAACCCCAAGGUGUCGAGUCACUUUGAACAUCUGUUUUUCACGGUUUUCUUCAACUUUAGCACGAAAGACGAUCCUUAAAUCCGGAAAUUGUCACUUCAAUCGCGCCGAUCGACGAGGUGAUUUCACAACUUCUUCCAUUAAAUGCGCUUAUAACAAAAGAGAAAGAGAGAGAGAGACAAAACGAAACAUCAAAAUAAUAUCAAAAAUCCUACGGAGGAGAAAGCCCGCGUGUCCUCUUCGGUAUAUUUUUGUCGAAUUUUUGUUACAUACGAACGAUCAAUUUGUCCAUUUUUAGAAGAAAAAAAAAAUAGAAAUUCCGAAGAAAUCGCGCGCAUUUUCCUCGAGCAACGUAAUCUAUUUCUUACGCAAAGUAUCCUCCGGCCAUUCUCAUACAUAGACACGACACUCGAUGAAAAUAUUCGCGCUACGUACGGCUGAGCGAACACAAAACGAGAGUAGACGUGUGUAUAAAUUAUGCAAAUAUAGAUUAUAUAUAUAUAUAUAUAAAUAAAAAAUAUAUAUACGUAAAAAAUGAACACAGUGAGAGAAAUAAAGAGCCGACGUCGUCGUCGACGAUGCGGUUCGUUUCAAAGCGAUUCGGCGCCGAAAUCAGCGAGGGGCGAUUUGAAAGGAAACCGAAGGUGGGCGAAAGAGGAUUCUUGACCAUCGUCGCGCGAAGGAACAUCGGAUCGGCCGAUCUUUUUUUUCUCACCCGUCUUUGAUCUCGGUUGCGACCCAUUCUUUUCCGGACGACGCGAACACUUUGUCGAGAGAGAGGAUCUUCGUCUCGAGAACCGGGCGUCUGAAAAAUUAGGAUCUCUUUAGAAAGAGGAGGCGUCCUAAUUUUCACAAAUGUCCUUUUCGGAGUCCGUCUCUCUACCAUGUUGUUUCGCGUCUCCUUCCGACUAAUAUAUCUAUUUCUGGCAAGUGUGAAGUGAGGAAUCGGUCGAACCGAGAUCUCGAAGUUAUAAUUAAUUAGGAUUUCGCGAAUUCGCCCGUCUCCCUCUCGUGAUUGGAAUGGACGCAUUCGCGAGAAAUCGAAGUUUGCGUGUCGAUUCUCGCGCGAGAAGGGAAGGAAAAACUCUCUCCUCCUACCUGGACAUCACGAUUCGACUUUCGUGAAAAUUUGUUCACGUCGGCCGCGCUUUUAUUUCGGCGACACGGCUCGCUGACUUCGCGCGCGAACGCGCGAUAGAUAAGGUGACGAUUGUAUUUUGCGUGUUGUUGCGUCGCACGGUUGCGAGAAGAUGAUAAUUAAUUAUUUAUUUAUGACUGCUGAUUGCGAUUUUACACGGCGUAAACAAAAAAAAAUGUGAACGAAUAAGCGGCGAUUUGCGCGCCGACGAUAAUCGACGAUGACGAUAUUAACGCGUUAGAAACGCGUGUGCGCGAUGUAUGAUAAAAAAAAAGAGAGUGAGAGCGAAUGAGAGAGAGAGAUUGAGAGUUGUAGCGAACAAAGAUUCGAUGAUGUUCCUGUUAUGAGAUAAUGAUAAUUAAAUAAACGAAAUGCAAGUAUCGACUAAGUCAGGCUUAUUUUCGGGUCUCUUUCGCGCGCGGACGUGCAAAAAAAAAUUAAUAAAUAAAAAAACAUUCGGUUUUCACUUUCCCUCCCCCUCCUCCCACCCCUCUUUGCCGUCCAGCGUAGCAGACUCCGGAUUAAUGAGAAGCGCGUGCGUAUAAGUGCGAGAUUAUGUUAUUAAUACGAAUUGCGAUUUUGUGUAAUAAAAGAGAGCUGUUGUCAUUUUCUGUACUUACAACUUCUUCGGACGAUUCGAUACGUCUCGCUCUAUCGUUUGACAGGUCUCUAUUAUUCUCCCCUCCGCGAUAUCAUCCCCCUUCGUCUAUUAUAUUUUCCUUCCUUGACCUUUUCUUCCAUCCUCCCGCCUCAUCUUGUCGUUUCGCGUUAAUUUUUCCCAUACCACUUUUUUAUUUCUAUCAGCGAUAUAUACGUUUCUCUCCGAGAAAAAUAUCGUCUCCUUCCUCCUACUUUUCCCCGAUCCCUUUGAAUAGUGGCCUUUCGUUCGCGACGAGGCAUAUCGACGAAGAUUGCGAAGACUUUCCCCAGGCGCGUACUUCUAUCCCACCCCUUCGUUUUUUUUUUUUUUUGUAUAAAACAAGAAGAUAAUACAGCGUAUACAUACACAGACCCACACGCAGCACAUCUGUAUAUUUGUAGUAGAAGUAUACAAUUGCGAUUAUUAUUAAUAUUAUUAAUAUUAUUAUUAUGUGAAACGUGUAAAUAUAGAUGAAUUGUCAAUAUAACGAUGUCACGCAAACGACAGGACGAUUAAUAAUGAUACAUUAAAAAAUGAA